AUGUCUUCUGCAUCUUCUUCCCAUCCAUCACCUUACGUUUAUGAAUUAAAGGAUAGAGAUACACGUGGUCAGGUUGAAAAUUUCUUUAAUAAGCUUCCAGAAAAUGCCGUUGAUUAUGUGCAAUCUCUCUUUCCCAUCGCAAAGUGGAUCGGUCGUUAUAAUUUGUCCUGGUUUACCGGAGACAUCAUUGCUGGGUUGACGGUUGGAGCUGUUGUUAUCCCACAAGGAAUGGGUUAUGCACAGACCGCAAAAUUACCACCGGAAUAUGGCCUUUAUUCUUCGUUCGUGGGGGUCACUCUCUAUUUUUUAUUCUCGACAUCAAAAGAUAUUACAAUCGGUCCGACUGCUGUGAUGAGCUUGCUCAUCGGUCAAACCCUGGCAAGCAUCACAGGUGGCAGUAAAACCUUCGCCUAUUCCAACCAACAACUUGCUGCUUCCCUCGCUUUCUUAUCUGGUAUAAUUGCCCUCGGUAUUGGUUUAUUCCGUCUUGGAAUUGUGACCAAUCUCAUUUCUGCUCCUGUCAUCACGGGUUUCACUACCGGAUCUGCCGUCACUAUUGCAAUCGGUCAGGUACCAAAAUUGUUGGGCAUUAAGGGUAUCGAUACCACGCAACCUAGUUAUUUGGUCGCUGUCAAUACUCUUGCUCAUCUGCCGGACUCCAAGAAAGAUGCUUACGUGGGCUUAUUUAGUUUACUCUUUUUGUACAUCCUAAAAUUUGGAACCGCUCACUUCAGCAAACGUCAUCCAAAAUUUGAAAGAUUUUUCUUUUUCGUUGGAAUUCUCCGUAUUGGAUUUGUGGUACUUAUAACCACACUCAUUUCCUAUCUUAUCAACAAGAAUCUGUCAAUUGAUAACUUGGGACAGAGUCCAAUAUCAAUAUUGAAAAAGAUCCCUAAAGGAUUUGAUCAUCUUGGCCCACCUGUUCUCAAUAAAUCAAUGUUGUCUUACAUAGGAGGAUACGUUCCCAGUGUAACUCUAAUUUUAGUAUUAGAGCAUAUCGCCAUUGCUAAAAGUUUUGGCAGAGUCAAUGACUACACGAUCCAACCGAGUCAAGAACUCAUUGCCAUUGGUAUGACCAAUGUAUUUGGUUCAUUCUUUGGUGCAUAUCCAUCGACCGGCUCUUUCUCACGCAGUGCCAUCAAAUCGAAAGCUGGUGUGAGGACUCCGUUGGCUGGUGUCUUUUCCGGUGUCCUGGUUCUCUUGGCCCUUUUUGUCUUGACCCCCGCCUUUGCUUAUAUACCGGAUGCAUGUUUAAGUGCGGUUGUUAUUCAUGCUGUGCUUGACCUUAUCUCUCCACCAUCAUAUCUCAUUAAAUUAUGGCAUAUUCAGUUUUGGGAUUUUGCUGUAUUCGUUGUUGGUCUCGUUUUCACCAUCUUUUUCACUGUCGAAAUUGGGGUUUAUGCAUCAGCUGGUCUAUCAGCCGCUGUCUUAUUUGUAAGAUUGGCUCGUCCUAGGUUUAACAUCCUCGGUCGUAUUCCAACAAACAUCCCAAAUGAAGGAGAAUCGCCGAAAUAUGCAUAUGUUCCACUGCGCAAAGCAUUUUCACAUGCCGAACGUCCCCCGGAUGGUGUACUCGUCUUUAGAUUCGAGGAGGGUCUUACAUACCCUAAUGCGAACUACAUCGAUGAUAAAGUAGUGGAAUAUGCUAAGGCAAAUACCCGACGAAUGGCCAGGCGAGCGGAAAAAUUUGGCGAUCGACCGUGGAACGAUGCCGGCAGCAAAGAAGAAGAUGCUCGCAUCGAAGAAAACGCAAAGCUACCCCAACUGAAAGCUGCCGUGUUUGAUCUGACGGCAGUAAGCAUGAUUGACUCGACGGGUAUAAAUUCGUUGCUAGAUAUUAAAAAAGCACUGAACAAACAUGCAGCAAAACGAAUAGAAUUUCAUUUUGCAAAUAUCGCAACUGCUUCAAUCCAGCGAUCCCUCAUAGAGUGUGGAUUUGGAACGGAAGAAGUAGAUAAAUUUGAGUCUCUUCCUGGUGAUUUAGAAAACGGAGAAGUCAAGAACGAUGAUUCCUUUUCUAUACGAAGGCCCAAAAAAUUUUUCCACCUGUCAUUAGAAGAAGCCAUAUCAGCUGCCACGGAUGGUGAAUGGUGA